CAACGUACUUUGGAGAAGUUUUUGGUGAAGACUUGAAAGUGAUACUUGGGUGAAGUUGUGCUGAGGAACCUACCCCCGCGCGGUCCAUAAUGAUAGCGAUUUGCGCUAACGGCUCGGCCAGUAAUCGUUGCAGUACCCGCCAGAAGCUGCAGCUUCCCGGAGGAGCAAAUCUGCAUCAUUAAGGAGUGUUUAGUGUGUGUGUUUGUGCCUUUAGUGUUCGUAUGUAUAAGAGUGUGUGUGCUCAUCAACCACAUCCGUGCUAGAAAAAAUAAAAUCGAUCGAUUUCCUGUCCCGCGAGUGUGGCAAUUUCUCCGGAUUGAGGCUUUCUUUCCCGUCCGCGGGAGUCGGAAAAUAGGCCUACCGAUCAAUCGGGACCGUGUGUCGGCACCUGUCCGCCGAAAGUGGAACACCAGGCCCGGAGACCCAGUUCAGCGGCGCGGCGGUGGAGUAUCCGGUCGUCGUGCGCCGUCAUCUCGCGCGGUAGACUCGAACUCAACGUGGUCUAACGGAUCAGCGGUGGUGAGGAGAAUACGCGAGCAAAAAAACGCGCAAACGAACGACUCGGUGGUGAAAAGUUUUCGAAGGCAGACGAGACGAGCAGAUCGUCGAACAGGUGCCGAGUGAAGUUCGAGUUCAAGUUCUGUGCGCUGUUGACUAGUGUGGCUCGGUUGAAAGACGAUUUAGCCUGCGCCAAGAUGCCCAGUAAACAGCGUCGAGGGACAGGGGACCCCCGGUGGAGUCCCCAGCGAUGUUCCAGCACCAGCAACGACAGCAGUCCCAGUGUCACCAGCCGACCGAGCACCUCCACAGCCAGCCACGCCCUGCUGCUCACCUCCCUCACAGUGUUCCUGAGCAAUUUGCUCAGCUCGGCGCACGGGAACCCGCUGAAUCCCUUCGCUCCGUCGUUGAGCCUUGGCCGCAACCUCCGACAUCUGCCCUGCGUCGUGCGGAGUACGGGCCAGGAAGGCAUCUGCAUGUACGCCCUGAACUGCUUCAAGGCCAACGGAACCCAUCUGGGGGUUUGCAUCGACAAGAUCUUCUUCGGGUCGUGCUGUCACGUCCAUGAUCACAGUCUGCUGUUUCAGCACGAGAUUACGGACAACAGUAUAGACCACAACCAUAGCACGGGGAGUCACUUCCAGCAACACUUCCCAACGAUUGAUACGAGCAAACCGGCGGUGCUAACCGGAGCUGUGCUUCCAUCAACGGAUCUUAAGAAUGUCACCAACUUCCAGCUGGUCAGCAGCUCUUCAACGACAUCGACGACUACGCAUCGAACCACGACGCCGAAGUUGAAUCGAAGAAAUUCAACCGCUACGGCAACGACAACCAAGAUCGAACUCAAGGAUGAGGUACCGUCGACGACGGAGUACCAGGAGUUCACCACCUUCCAGUACGUCCAGAGCAGUAAGAACCCUACGCUGACCACGGUGGAGCCAAGUCGUCGAACGACUACCAAGACUACAACGCGGAGAACUCCGCCAAGAACCACGACUACGAAGCCGACCAAGACGAGGAAGCCUCCGCCACCUCCUGUAAGCAGGAACAACACGCGGAAACCAACGGUGCAAACCACUACUCCAAAGGUUAUCAUUACGACGUUGCCGGAAAUCCGAAGGAACAAUACCAAUACCUCAUGGUCAUUGGUGACCCGAAGACCUACGACAUCUGCGACCACCACGACCGCAGCAACAACAACAACAACCAAGAAACCGACCACUACAACCUCCACCACGGUUCGCCGAACCACGGUGAUCAACCGGCGACCUACGACAACCCCUGCCGCCGAAUCCUCGGAAGAAACGGUCUUCCCAACUACCUCGCGAAAACCCACCACGCCAGCCCUAGUCCCGCUGACCAGGCCGACCCGCCGCAAGCCUCCCACUGUGAGCACGACCACGACUACCGAAGAACCGGAAACUACGCGAGCUCCCCGACCACGCCCAAGACCUACGGCGGAGAUCACUACGGUACCUGCCACCUCCCUCGAUCACCUGCUGGACGACCUCGUCACGACAACCGCGCAGGAUACGACCUCCGCCGAGACCACCACGGCUGCCAAGACUACCCGAUAUCCUACGACCACGGUCAAGGUCACCGAGCCAACGACGCCAACUCCAACGCCAACAACAACCUCCCGCCGAACUACAACGACGACUCGACGAACGACCACGACGCCAGCUCCCACAACGACAACGACUCGACAAACGACCACGACUUCAGCUCGACCAACCACAACCAAAACAACCACCACGACUACGACCACCCAAGAACCAACGACAACCACAUCCACAACAACAACCACUACUACAACCAAGAAAGCCCCAACCACGACAACCUCCACCACAACAACAACAACAACCGCAGCGCCGCCAAAGACUACGACGGCCGCCGGACGGAUCACCCCACCGGCGGACGCCGACUACCCGCCGCUGGAGACGUCCCAGACGGAGAACAACCUGCUGGAUCUGGAGAUCACCGCCGGGCCCGGUUUAGUUACCUGGACCAGCAUCAUCGACGAUCUGCCCAGCGAGAAGACGUCAACGCUGCCGUCGGCCGGACAGGCUCCAGCCGGUCCCACUACUUCCAACAGUUGGAUACUGAUUCAUACACUAACCCCCGAAGAGGUGCUCAGCGGCACCACCAAGGACUCGAACCAUUCGUCGUCAGUCACUAACAUGAGCUCAUCCACCACGCAAUCAUCCUCACCGCCGGAGCCGUCCGCUUCGCUGAUAGAGCUGGCACUGCCAACGCUGCUGCCCCAGCUUCUGCCGGAGGCGGCCUACAUCUACACCAUCGACCAAGAAACUAACCAAACCGGGUCGCCCGGGGAUGAACUCAUUAUUCACUCGCAACUCGCUUCCUCCUCCUCGCUUCCAUCGUCCACAGAAGACACAACUGUCACAACCACGGGAUCUACCACCGUCGAAAAGGUAGAGGAUCCUAGCACGACUGUUGCUGCUGGCAGCACAAGCUCGACUGCGUCAAGUACGGUAGAGGAACCGAGUACUACGGAGGCUGUCAGGACGACAAGCGCUGCACCUAGUACGACAGUAGUCACCACUUCUAGUACUACAGCGGAACCUAGUACGACCUCCACUACCGUAUCGACGACCAGCGAGCAAACGACCACUAGUACAAGUACCGCUGCUACUGAACCUAGCAGUAGCAGUACGGUCACUGACACUACUACACCAACAACGACAAGCACACAGUUUACUAGUAGUGUAGCCACACAGGCGCAGACUAGCCCAUCCACUAGCACAACGCUUGCCAGUAGCACUACCACAGUCGCCGCUACCACUACCACUAUGACCUCCACAACCCCAACAACAACAACAACCACAGAACAGGAGACGUCGCCGGCCACCUCAACGAGCGCCCCGGAAAUCCUGAUCGAAAUCCUGGCCACAACACCAGCCACCCCCAAAGAACCUACCACCGUGGAACCCGACGUAACGGACAGCACCACCGAAGAGGGCAGCUUCGAGGAGGGCAGCGGCAGCGAGGAAGAAUCCGGCGAGGAGGAAUCCUCCUCAGGGGAAAGUUACGAAACCACCACCGAACCUACCGACCCCACCCCCAUCCUGAUCGACCCCGAUCGGUUCUACAACUCCACCGUAGCCCCGCUCACAACCUCAACGACCCCGGAGUCGACCACGUUCCUAACUUCCUCCACCCUAAACCUGACCAGCUCGCUGGCGGAAAUUGCGUCCAUGUUCAACAUUACGAUGACCACGACGACGGCGAGUGCGACCACCACAACCGGGAUGCCGGUGAGGUUCCCCGAUGGUAACGUGACUAGCUCAACGACCGAUGGCGUUACGACGGAGGGACCGGAAGGGACCACGUCGGCGAUUCCGUCGCUGGAGGGAAUUGACUACAGAGCUGUUUGCGGCAAGCGCAUGUUCCCGGAACCUCGGAUUGUCGGCGGCACGAAGGCGGCCUUCGGACGGUGGCCCUGGCAGAUCUCGUUGCGCCAGUGGCGAACUUCGACCUACCUGCACAAGUGCGGCGCGGCGCUGCUGAACGAGAACUGGGCCAUCACGGCGGCUCACUGCGUGGACAAUGUCCCCCCGUCGGACCUACUGCUGCGACUCGGCGAGUACGACCUGGCCCUGGAGGAAGAACCGUACGGUUACCAGGAACGGCGCGUCCAGAUUGUGGCCUCCCAUCCGCAGUUUGACCCGCGGACGUUCGAGUACGAUUUGGCGCUGCUGAGGUUCUACGAGCCGGUGGUGUUCCAGCCAAAUAUCAUUCCGGUUUGUGUACCGGACAACGACGAGAACCAUAUCGGACGGACGGCGUUCGUCACCGGGUGGGGACGGCUGUACGAGGACGGCCCUCUGCCCAGCGUGCUGCAGGAGGUGACCGUACCGGUGAUCGAGAACAAAAUCUGCGAGACCAUGUACCGCAGCGCGGGCUACAUCGAACACAUCCCGCACAUCUUCAUCUGCGCCGGCUGGAAAAAGGGCGGCUACGACUCCUGCGAAGGUGACUCCGGUGGCCCGAUGGUGAUCCAGCGGCCGGACAAGCGCUUCCUGCUGGCCGGCGUCAUCUCCUGGGGCAUUGGCUGCGCGGAACCGAACCAGCCGGGCGUGUACACGAGGAUAUCGGAGUUCCGGGACUGGAUCAACCAGAUACUGCAGUUCUAGUGAGGGUGUGACGCACACCCUCCGCCGCGCUAUGUACGUACAACGAGAGCUGUUUUAGGACAAUUAAGAGAGAUGCAUUUCGAAAGGCCGAAAAGCCGAAUGUGCAGUGUUCAGUAUUGUGAAGGAAGUGGCGGCAGGAGAGUUGUUGAUUUGUUUUUAAUUGGCUUAGGUGUCACCAGAAAUGGAAACAUUGAUCUGUCGAUGAAAUCGGAAAAAACAUAGAAGAAAUUCUAAAUCGUUACAGAAGUUGGUAUUUCAUCGAUAGAUCGAUACAGUAGACAAAAUAUUAGCUGGAUAAAGGGGUCAAUCUU